AUGUUCAACAGCAGUAAAUUCAACCCCAAAUAUUUCCUGCUAACUGGUUUCCCUGGUCUGGAAGCCCUGUACCCUUGGUUUAUCUUCCCAUUCUGCUCCAUAUAUCUCGUGGCAUUUGUGGGCAAUAGCCUGGUCCUGGCAGUGAUCAGGAAAAACACCAUUCUGCACCAGCCAAUGUAUCUUUUCCUAGCUAUGCUGGCCUUUGCAGAACUUGGUGUCUCUGCAUCUACUGUGCCCACAGUGUUGGGCAUCUUCCUUUUUGGUGCCAGUGAGAUCUGCUUUGAAGCCUGCCUUUUGCAGAUGUUCUCCAUACAUUCAUUUUCCAUCAUGGAGUCUGGAGUUCUGCUGGCCAUAUCUGUGGACCGCUUUGUGGCCAUCUACAAGCCACUGAGGUACACUGCCAUCCUGACCAGAUCCCGUAUUGCUGCUGCUGGUGCUACACUUGGACUGAAGAGUGUGAUACUUAUGUUCCCACUGCCCUUCCUCCUGAAACGUCUGCCCUUCUGUGGCCACAAUGUCCUCUCCCACUCCUACUGCCUUCACUCAGAUCUAAUACAGCUGCCCUGCGGAGAUACACGUCCCAACAACAUUCUGGGGCUUUGCAUUGUUACUUCCACUUUUGGGCUGGACUCGCUUCUCAUUGUCCUCUCUUACAUACUGAUCCUCUACACGGUGCUGGGCAUUACCUCUGGGGAGGGGCGGCGGAAGGCCCUUAACACAUGCGUGUCACAUAUCUGUGCCGUGCUUGUGUACUAUAUGCCCAUGAUCAGCGUGGCUCUGGUGCACCGCUUCGUGAAGCAUGCGGCCCCUGCAAUCCGUCUACUCCUGGCCAAUGUCUACCUUCUGGUGCCUCCUGUGCUCAACCCCAUCAUCUACAGUGUUAAGACAAAGCAGAUUCGCCAGGGGUUAAUUCAACUCUUUCUUCCAAGAAAGCAAUAA